CCUUCCCCAAAGGGGGCCAAGUCCUUCCAAAUCAUUGUUAACACGACGCUCCGACAAACCAGCCGAAAGCAAGGUCAUAAUCGUAAAUAUAGGCUUUGGGGUCUUGGUUUAGCUGCCCCUUGAACAUCGUGAGACUGAAGUAGUUUGCCAACGUCAAAGAGGACUGUUAUCCCCACCCAGCCAGCAGUAGCUAUAAAUACUCUCUCUCUCUCUCUCUCUCUCUCUCUCUCACAUACAAAUACAAAAUUAAACGCGCAUAUACGCAUACACAGACGUUUUUGCGCGGAUCGUCGUCUUCCACAUUCGCUCUGAGCGGUACUGGACUGGACUGGACUGUACUGGAUUGAGCUCGCACGCAGAGGAGAAUGGCCCUCCGUCCAGGGCUUGUCCUAUCCAUUUCUCGUUUACAGGUGGUCUUAUGUUUUCUCUCUCUAGCAUAUGCGCAGACGUCCGUAACGUCUAAUGCUACAGCAGGGAAAAGGCAUUCUGAAGAAUAUUGUGCCAUGUAUGGCAUUUGUGGAAAACGUAGUGAUGGAAAAUACUUAAACUGUCCUUUUGGCUCCCCAUCUGUGAAGCCAGAUGAUUUGCUUUCAUCCAAGGUCCAAAGUUUGUGUCCAACAAUUACUGGAAAUGUUUGUUGUACAGAAACUCAAUUUGACACACUACGGUCACAGGUCCAGCAAGCAAUUCCCUUUCUUGUCGGUUGUCCGGCAUGCUUAAGAAACUUUUUGAAUUUGUUUUGUGAGCUUACCUGCUCUCCAAGUCAGAGUUUAUUUAUCAAUGUGACUUCUGUAGCCAAGGUUAAUAACAAUUUGACCGUCGAUGGGAUUGACUUUUAUAUUACUGAUGCUUAUGGUGAAGGGUUAUACGACUCCUGCAAGGAUGUCAAGUUCGGUACCAUGAAUUCUCGAGCUAUGGAAUUUAUUGGUGCUGGUGCUAAAAAUUUUAAAGAGUGGUUUACUUUUAUCGGUAGACAAGCACCUUCUAAUGUGCCAGGUUCACCAUAUGCCAUUAGAUUCUCUUCAAGUGUUACCGAGUCAUCUGCUAUGAAACCUAUGAAUGUCUCUACUUAUUCAUGCGGUGAUAAUUCACUGGGCUGUUCCUGCGGUGAUUGCCCUUCAUCUACAGUUUGUUCCAACACAGUUUCACCAGUUUCCCGGAAAGGAGGUUCAUGCUCAGUGAGAAUUGGGUCCGUUAAGGCUAAAUGUAUUGACCUUGCUGUAGCGAUUCUAUAUAUCGUAUUAGUUUCUGUGUUCUUCGGAUGGGGUUUGUUUCAUCGGACUAGAAAAGCCAACCCAGCUUCUGUGACAAAACCUUGGUGGACUGUAAUGGAUGACAGUGAAGUUCAUUCUGUUAACAGGGAGAAGAAUGAAAAUCCUCCGAUGCAGGUGUUUGAAGAUGCUCCUCACAUUAGAAAUAGUGUCCAACUUUCAAUUGUGCAAGGAUACAUGUCAAAAUUUUUCAGGAGAUAUGGAACAUGGGUUGCUAGGAAUCCAAUCAUAGUGUUAUGCUCAUCAUUGGCUUUAGUUCUUCUGCUUUGUCUGGGUCUUAUCCGUUUCAAGGUGGAAACCAGGCCUGAGAAGCUAUGGGUAGGGCCUGGGAGUAAAGCAGCAGAAGAGAAGAAUUUUUUUGAUAGCCACCUAGCCCCUUUCUACAGAAUUGAGCAGCUUAUAUUAGCAACAAUUCCAGAAGUUAAGCAUGGUAGCUCACCUAGUAUUGUGACAGAGGACAAUAUUAAGUUACUUUUUGAGAUACAGAAGAAGGUUGAUGGAAUUAAAGCAAAUUAUUCUGGCUCGGUGAUAUCUCUUGCUGAUAUUUGCAUGAAGCCAAUGGACAAAGAUUGUGCCACUCAAAGUGUCCUACAGUAUUUCAAAAUGAAUCCUGCAAAUUACGAUGAUUAUGGUGGGGUUGAACACCUAAAGUAUUGUUUUGAGCACUAUUCAUCUGCUGACAAAUGCAUGAGUGCAUUUAAAGGUCCUCUUGAUCCUAGCACAGCCUUAGGAGGCUUCUCUGGGAAAAACUAUUCGGAGGCAACAGCGUUUCUCGUAACUUAUCCUGUAAACAAUGCUAUUAGUAAAGAAGAGAAUGAGACUGAAAGAGCAGUGGCAUGGGAGAAAGCCUUUAUUAAGUUGGCAAAGGAUGAGUUGUUGCAAAUGGUGCAAUCUAGAAAUUUAACACUUUCUUUUUCAUCGGAAAGUUCUGUUGAAGAAGAACUAAAAAGAGAAAGUUCUGCAGAUGCCAUUACUAUAUUGAUAAGCUAUCUAGUGAUGUUUGCCUAUAUAUCUCUUACUUUGGGUGACUCACCUCGUUUAUCAUCAUUUUACAUUUCGUCUAAGGUAUUGCUUGGUCUCUCUGGAGUUGUGCUUGUCAUGCUGUCGGUUCUUGGAUCAGUGGGUUUUUUCAGUGUAAUUGGUGUAAAAUCUACGCUAAUCAUUAUGGAAGUUAUCCCAUUUCUUGUUUUAGCUGUUGGGGUAGAUAAUAUGUGUAUACUAGUGAAUGCUGUCAAACGGCAAUCCUUGGAGUUGCCUUUGGAAGGGCGAAUAAGCAAUGCACUUGUGGAAGUUGGACCAUCCAUAACACUAGCUAGUCUGUCAGAGGUUUUAGCAUUUGCAGUUGGAAGUUUUAUUCCUAUGCCAGCAUGCCGUGUGUUCUCUAUGUUUGCAGCACUAGCUGUUCUGUUGGACUUCCUGCUUCAAGUAACUGCUUUUGUAGCUUUGAUUGUUUUUGAUUUUCGGCGAACUGAAGAUAAGAGGGUUGAUUGUUUCCCAUGCAUGAAAAUUUCAUCAUACACCAACUCUGACAAAGGUAUCAGAAUAUUUUUACUUGUUUUCCAUUUUCAGGAGAUCCAUGCUCCAAUUCUCAGUCUUUGGGGAGUUAAGAUAGCUGUCAUUUGCGUCUUUGUUGCAUUUGCAUUGGCUAGCAUUGCAUUGUGCACCAGAAUUCAGCCUGGGUUGGAACAAAAAAUUGUUCUUCCCCGAGAUUCCUAUCUUCAGGGGUAUUUCAAUAAUGUUUCAGAGUACCUCCGAAUUGGACCCCCAUUAUACUUUGUUGUGAAGAACUACAAUUAUAGUGUAUAUGUCUGUAUUGUCCUUCUGUAUGCAUAUGAAUUGUCCUUUUGUAUGCAUGUAUUAAUUGUCCUUUUGUUUCCGCAGAUUGCAAGAGCAUCCUUAACUCCAGAAUCAAGUUACAUCGCCAAGCCUGCUGCUUCAUGGCUUGAUGAUUUUCUUGUGUGGAUAUCCCCAGAAGCAUUUGGGUGCUGUCGGAAGUUUACAAAUGGGGCGUACUGCCCUCCUGAUGAUCAGCCUCCCUGCUGUUCUUCCAGUGAUGGUUCCUGUAGCCUGGGUGGAGUGUGCAAAGAUUGUACUACGUGCUUUCGUCACUCAGAUCUGCGCAAUGGGCGUCCAUCUACCACACAAUUUGAAGAAAAACUUCCCUGGUUCCUCAGUGCUCUACCGUCUUCUGAUUGUGCUAAAGGUGGCCAUGGAGCUUACACUAGCAGUGUGGAAUUCAAAGGCAAUGGAAGUGACAUUAUUCCAGCAUCAUCAUUUCGUACAUAUCAUACACCUCUCAACAAGCAGGUUGACUAUGUAAAUUCAAUGAGGGCUGCUCGGGAGCUCAGUUCUAGACUUUCUGAUUCUUUGAAGAUUGAGAUAUUCCCAUAUUCAGUAUUCUAUAUGUUCUUUGAGCAAUACCUUGAUAUUUGGAGAACAGCACUGAUCAACCUUUCUAUAGCCAUUGGUCAGUUAUUUUUUCACAGCACUGAACAAAAAGAUACUAUCACUUGCAGUUUAUGGAGUUCAUCAAUUAUUCUAUUGGUGUUGGCAAUGAUUGUAGUGGAUCUCAUGGGUGUGAUGGCAAUUCUUAACAUCCAAUUGAAUGCAGUCUCUGUUGUUAAUCUUGUAAUGGCAGUGGGCAUUUCUGUUGAGUUUUGCGUGCAUAUGACACAUGCUUUCUCGGUUAGCACAGGAGAUAAAGAUCAGCGCACCAAGGAGGCUUUGGCUACAAUGGGAGCCUCUGUCUUCAGUGGAAUCACAUUGACAAAGUUAGUUGGGGUCAUCGUGCUUUGUUUCUCAAGGACGGAAGUCUUUGUGGUAUAUUACUUUCAAAUGUAUCUAGCAUUGGUUCUUCUUGGUUUCUUGCACGGGCUCGUGUUCUUGCCGGUUGUCUUGAGCAUGUUUGGUCCGCCUUCGAGACGCGUGCUCAUUGAACAGCGACAAGAUCGGGCACCUGUUCCACCACAACUAUAAAGAAGCAGAUUGCCAGAACAGUUCUUUUUCUAGGGUUCGCCUUUUUCUUUUGUAGCUGAAAUUUUAUGUAUGACAAGAAUAACAGAAAUAUCUAAAAUAGCUCAACAUGUAAAUUAUGUAGCUGCUACUGACAAGAAGAAAAGAAAAAGGUUUUUAAGAAUUUGUUCUUUUGACUCA